AUGGUUGAUCAAGUUUGCAGUGAUAUUCGCACAUUUUAUGAUAGAGAUCGAAAGGGCAAAGAAAUGAAACCGAGUAAACACCGUAAAGUAUUGCAUGUUCCAAUUCGACUUGCGAAAAAUGCUCGAAUAAUGUUGACCAAGAAUAUUAGUGUCAGUGAUAGUCUAACUAAUGAUGUAACUGGCCGUAUUCUUGAAUUUAUUGAAGAUAGUAAAAAAGAAGCGUCACAUAUUUUGAUAAAAUGUGAUAAUGUAAGAGCUGGACGUCAGCAUCAUAAUGCUUGUCAACAUUGUCGUGAACAUGAAACCGUGUGUGUAAAACCGUGCUGGGCGAUGACCGUUCAUAAAGCACAAGGUUCAACAGUUGGUGAAGUUGUUAUUAGCUCAAAAGAUUUUUUGGCUCAGACAUAG